CCGGAGUAAGGAGUACAGGGGUCCAUAGUGCCGCAGCGGGAGCGUCCGGUUCUUCCGUUGCUUAUUAUUAUAUAUUAUUCUUGAAGGCGUUGAUGGAUGAGAAAGAGCAUGGAGGCCGAAGCUAGAUUCUGUAGCAGUUGGGCCCGAGAUAGUCUCGGCAAUAAUACGAGGACUUUCGAUUGAUGCCCUGCAUAGGGCUAGUGAUUAACUACGCUGCGUAGACGUCUCAAACCCGAAGAUUCCUGAGAAGGCCUGGUCUUUUUAUGAAAAUCCUCCAUCCAUUGCUCUGAUAGCUAUGAAACCAGACAACGCAGCGGGAUACGACAUUAUUGGAGCUGGCUGGCAGAUAACUUAUUCCCCUGACGGGUAACUUAUCGUUGUCAAUUGACAGCACACCGUCCUCAAAGGCGAUAUCCGACCAAGUUCAACAGCUUCAAAAGACCGAGUAUCCUUCAGCAUCGGGCUGGGGUCAUUGUUCAGCGGCCUGUUGAUGGACAGAACCAGGAACGCUUGCCGAAAUUACAUGGCGGGUCUCAAAAUCCAGGGUUUUAUUAGCUCCAUCCAACCUUGUCUUAUCCCAAGUUAAUAUCCAGCAAAGAAUACCCUGUCGCAACUGGGUGGCCCCUGUCAGGUUCAUACGCAGUAGGCUUCGAAAUCACUCCGUCUUUGAUCCUAUGUACGCAGUAUGAACCAUGGUGUUGUCUUCCCUCGGAUUGCCAAGGAUAGCCCUCGCCAUCUCGUCUACUCCGUAGACAGCUGUGACUGGCUACCAUCAGAUAGUGAAUGCGAUGGUUUGGAUGGGAUAUUCCAUUCCAAAGCCUGCCAGACGAAUGUUCGAGUCUUCAAGACCCAAAAAUCACGAAGCAUGGAGUCAGUGGCUGCCUGCUGAAGAAUAUCGUCAGCUCCGUCCCGGAUGCCAACUGCCUCACUCUCAGGCUCGUGCAUGAACUGACUGCCCUUCGAACCCUUGUUGGACCUGCUUUCAUAGCUUCGUUGGUCAUCCCUAGUAUGACGCGAAGCUCCUGGCGCGCUGGUCAAGGGGUCCGUGGUUGCAACAUCAUGAACACCACCUCACGGACACCGCCCAUGUCGCAACGGUCCUCGCGGAUGCAUCUCUUGCUGUUUAUUCGUACUAUGUUUCUUAUCGUCACUGUACUGCUGUUAUUUCUGUUCGAAUACUUCUCCAGCCUGCCCAGUUUCUUAGUAGUCUAUGAAAUGGUUAUAACAGGUUGGAACUUGAUCAUUAGCCUAUAAAAUCCUAACGGAAUGCCUGAGAAUCCUUGCAGAAGGUAGGGUACCCUCUUCCCAUCCAUCCUCCACAAGUUCAGCCGCGCUAUUACCCCAUCAAACAAGGCAGAGAAAUGUGUCCGUGUCGGAGGAUUACAUUGUGUCUCUCGACCUGCUAGAAGGAACAUACUGUGUAGCUGCUCCCCGGCACUAGUUCCUUCGGUGCUCCUCAGAACCAAAAAUGGCUGUUAUAUCAACACGAUUCAGCUGUUCGUGGUCCGCGUUCCGUGUUCGGGAGCUGUCAAGUCCCGUAUCUCGCUCAGGAUUUGGGUUUGGGUUAUAUUUCCUCCGUGAGAAGAGGUAUCCGUUCUAAAAUUUGUCCUGAGAAGCUGCAAAAGCCAUAUCUGUCGAGAAAUCCGCUGAUUUCGAGGAGAUCGUGGUACGCUCCUUGAGAGGCACGCCUGCGAAUGAUGCUCGGAAUAUUCUGUUCCAAUGCCUGCUUUUCAAAGUGUUGACAACAUUCGGCGACUAACAUGAUUAGUUUUCUCUCUUCUCAUGGAGAAAGUAGAGAAACAGACUUUCGUGGGAGCAAACUAUAUCAAUGUAAUUACCGUGCUUUUCUUCUAGCUUCUGCAUCUAUAGAAACGCGCACAUACUACGGACAUUUCAAUAUCCGCGGAAUAUUCGCCCCUACGUCAUCUCCCCCAGUAUAUUACCUCUCGCAUCGGGUGUAUGAUUGGAACAGCGGCAAAUUAAAGGGCGAUGCUCGGUCAUAUUGCACGACUGCGAUCCUCAAUACGAGCACGAAAAGAGAGUUG